CAUUUGCCUUCAGUUGGCAAAGAUCGUGCUACGAGGGCAAAUAUGCUCCAACCGGACGUUCGGCCGGCCGCCUGCCGAACAGUGAAGAUGAGUGCUGCUGGUGUGUGCUAAAGGGACACAGAACGGUACCGACCGCACGCGUUACAUCCAAACUUACCCGAGCUACCUGAUUUACCGCGUUGGAUUACGAACCAGUUAUUGUUGGUGUGCAGCUGAUGUGCUUCAUUUUUACAAAUUUACCGGUGCAAACGCGAGAUUAAUUACCCGUCUCAGCACGGUCCGCAGAAAACCGUCUACUCCACCGAAGGAAGCGCCAAGGCGGACGCGUGUGUGUGCUCAUAAAAAUAGAUCCUUGAGUCGGCAUUUGUGCGCGCAGUGAAUUUAUGUUCAAAUCCGGUGACCUGGGCCGGAUAAUUACGCGAAUAUGAUGGAAUGAAAUUUCUGAGUGAGUGAGUGAGUGAGAGAGAGAGAGAGAGAGACAGACAGAGAAGAAAAGAGAAGAGGAGGGAAGAGACUGAAGUGGCAGAAGGGACGAAACGGAAAAGCUGAAGCCGAUCCGGGGGGACAGUGGGUGGUAAAAAAUGUGUCAACUAAUGGCAAACGGUAUUAAGUUCGCCGCAUUCAAACGCUUCGUCACGAAACACUGUGGAACGGUCGCCCAAAACUCGGUGGAAUAUGCAGCGUUGGCCGUGCAAGGGCACGCAUAAGAACACGGCGUGCUCGUGACGGCAUGAGCAUUGGCAUCAUACACGUUUCUUCCAACUGGAUACUUCGAAAACGAUGCAUAAAAUGUGGUGUUGGGUAAUAGUGUUUCAUCUAUUCGUCCUUUAUGAUUUCGUUCACUGUAUCACGUUGACCGAGGUGCGAGUUCCCAAACAUACGAUCCGAGGCCACGCCGUCAAGCUCGAGUGCCACUACGAUAUGGAAGGCGAAGCACUGUAUUCAGUGAAAUGGUACAAGGAUGGGCGUGAGUUUUAUCGUUUCGUGCCAAGAGAUGAUCCUCCGGGAAGUGUCUUUCCCCAACCAGGCAUAGCCGUAGAUUUAGCAAACUCAACAAGCGAACAAGUGAUCCUAGAUCCACUAGAUUUAUCCUCCAGCGGGAAGUAUAGGUGUGAGGUAUCCGCCGAAGCUCCCUCGUUUCAAACGGUCUCGGACCAUGGAGAAAUGAUGGUUGUGGUUUUGCCGGACCAAGAUCCGCACAUCUCGGGUGGUAGGCCUCGCUACCAGCUAGGCGAUCCGGUGCGUGUGAAUUGCACGUCCGGCCGCUCCAAACCUGCAGUCCAUCUCACCUGGUACAUCAACGGUGAUCCGGCCGACCCCGGGCUGGUGAAGCGGUACGAACCACAAGUGACGGGCAUCGACAAGCUGGAAACAUCUGUCCUGGGACUCGAGUUUCGCGUCAAACCGAAACAUUUUAAGCACGGCGAUAUGAAGUUGAAGUGCCUCGCGACUAUCUCGACCGUGUACUGGAAGAGCAACGAGGAAAGCGUUGAGGGCGAGAAAUUGCAGAAAGCACCCACCCUGGAGUCUAGAAGGGCCGUAUCGGCUGACUCGCGAGCGGACCGAGUGCAAGCAGCUGCCUCAAACAACUGGGCGACGGAAAGUGUUGAGCGCCUGUCGGCGGCCAAAUUAGUCAUUUAUAGUUUUAUUCUGUUGGCCAGUUAUCGUUACACUAGUUAAAAGUCAACGUUAGGUAGGAAGCCGAGUAUCGGGAGGCGGAAGAACGAAAGACAUGCAUCACUCAACUGUUCACUUUCUUUCCUAAUCGUCCUUGUUUUGUCAAUUAGCGUAUCGGAUGCGUGCAUGCGUUAAGAGUGGCUCGUACACGGAUACGAUCAUGGGUGGGGGGGGGGGGAACAGAAGGCCACUCUUAAGAACAUAUCAAUAAUAUCAAUGUCAAGUAUAUUCAUCAUAUCAACAGCACGGCUGCAACGUUUUUUCUUGAACGGGCAAUUUGUUCAAACGAAAACUAACGAAAUCCCCCCAAAAGCAAAGAAAACCCCAAAGCAACAAACAAAAAAUCACUCUCACACACACACAUACACAGCUCUUAACAAAACAAACGAAUGAUACCGAAAGACGACCGAUUUGUAAAGAUAUCAGAGUGGGACGGUGUGUGGAUUGUACAUAUUUGUCCUAGUUUUAAACUCAACCUAACAAAUCUAACUAAAUCAUCUCCCGCAAGAUGGCGACUAUGCCCAGGACUGCCAGGGCGCUGUGGAGCACUGGCGGGAAACACUAUUGCAAACAUUCGUUUUACUAAUUACACACGCGCGGUACGAGAAGGAAAAGGAGUGAAUAAAGUAUCAAAUUGUUUCAAAAAUAA